AUGGAUAAAAUGGUAUUGGCGGGCAUUUUGCGGCGUUCCAACAGCGAGUGGGCGUCCCCGGUGGUGUGUGUGAUGAACAAGAAGGGGUCGGUGCGAGUGACGGCCAAUGAAAAACGACUGAACAGCGCAACAGUAGUCCCCUGUAGCGUUCUGCCCCACAUUGCAGAAUGCAUCGACCAGCUGGGGGGUAGCUCUUCGGUGCUCGACUUGGUGAGCGGCUUCUAUCAAGUAGCGAUCCACGAGGAUUCCAUCUCCUUAACGGCCAUCGUGACGAGCACGUGGUGGGCCGUUCUGGAACAGCAACAGAGGGAUGGCACGAUGCGUCCUCUCGUAUACGUCAGUCGAUCAACGCUUCCCAACGAAUGCAACUGGGACACGACUGACCUAGAAAUGGGGGCGUUGGUUUGGGCUGUCAAAAAGCUCCGAGUGUAUUUGUACGGUAUUCCCUUCGUGGUGCAUACGGACCACCAACCGUUGACUAGCUAUCUGUCUUUGAGUGAAAAGAAGCUCCGAGUGCAUAGAAUGUGUGACUUCCUCAGCAGCUAUCAGUUUUCCUUGCGCUACAAAAAGGGGAACGAUAAUCAGGCGGCUGACAUGCUUUUUCGGUUGCCGCAAUCUGCGACCGACAAAUAUGAAUCGGGGCCGAACCGCCUCAUAGAAGAGGGUGAUCUCGAAAUGUACUUUGUGGGUGCUGCAAAUUGCCUGUCCCCUCCCUUGGGUUUGCAAUUGCAGACUUCCUCCCACGAGAAUUCUGGGGCGUUUAUGGAGCCCGUAGAUCCGUUGACCACCGAUGAGGUCGCGAAGAACCAGUGGGAUCUGGCUGUCCGAUCUCGUCAACGCGGCGUCAGUACUGUCAGGUAUCAGGAGCCGCGGAUCCUCGUUAUUAACCCGCCUCCCGCCCCUAGUUCCGCUCCCGUUUCCCAUCGUACUUUCAGUGGUCAGUCUCAAUCAGGUGUUCUGCUGCACGCGUGCUCGGUUUUCCCGGCUACGCCGGUGUUGCCGGUCUCCACCCGCUCCGCUGGGGUCGUGCCUCGGUCACCUCGUGUCCGAGUAGGAAGUCGUCCUUCUUGGAAGAUUCGAGAACGGGAGGAGGCACCUGAGCCCGCCGCUGCCACCGCUGUGCCUGCUAGCGGCGGUGCUUCGGUCGCACGACCGACGCGUCGUGCCGCCGCUCGGGGUCCGACACCGCCGUCCCGGACGGGCCCCGCGAAGGACACACCGGCUCCUAGUGGGGCCGGUCGCCGUCACCGGCGCCAGAGACCGCCUCUUUCCGCCGACCCCGUGGUGGAACGGCCGGCUUCCCGCGGGGCCGGUCGUCGCGGCCGGCGUCCUGCCGCGCCGACGCCCACUACGGCUGUCACGGCACCUGAGGAGCCCCGUGAUCGUCCACCGACGCCGCGCCGAGACUCAGCUUCGACACCGGAGGGGCCCCGAGUUCGUCCAUCGAGAUCGAGGCGGGCCGCCGCCGCACGCCGUACCCCGUCGACCGCCGCCCAGCGCCCGACCUUCGUUACGGACGCACGCGUCGAGUCGACUUGUCGAUUCGGGGCGCGGUUGUGCGACAGGACCGACCUCGAGUGCGCCGCCGAGCAAGCGCGAGACCCCCUGGCGUCUUACGUCAUCAAGUACGUGGGUGAUUCUGACUCGUUUAGCUUUCCCGAUAUGGGCAAUUGUAUUGGAGAUGAAGGAGAGGACGUGGACGUGAUGCUGGCCUCCCUCGAGCGUUACUACUUUUGGAUUGGCAUGAGUGACAGCGUGCGAUGGUUCAUUAAACACUUCAUCGUGUGCCAAGCCUCGAAAACGGCUCGCCGAAAACCUAGAUGGCCGUUGAUCUCGCUUCCCUUACCCUCUCGGCCGGGGGAAAUGGUGGCGUUUGAUAUCCUUGGCCCUCUGCCGACAACUAAACGCGGAAACAAAUACGUGUUGCUGGUCGUCGACUUGUUUAGUAGGCAUGCCGAACCCUACGCUCUCUCUGCCGACGAGAAACGGGAUCAGGGGUGUGCCUCAAAGCUAGCCGACGAUUAUUGUACGCGUUGGGAACGCACGGUGUAUUUAUUGUCGGACAGAGGUGGCGAGUUUACGGCGGCGGUCGCGCGUGAUGUGUACCGAUUGCUUGCGGCCAAUNUUCGUUUGCGGCCGUGGGCGCUAAACGCGGUGCACACAGAAGGCUGUCAGUUAGGAGAGGACGUGGACGUGAUGCUGGCCUCCCUCGAGCGUUACUACUUUUGGAUUGGCAUGAGUGACAGCGUGCGAUGGUUCAUUAAACACUUCAUCGUGUGCCAAGCCUCGAAAACGGCUCGCCGAAAACCUAGAUGGCCGUUGAUCUCGCUUCCCUUACCCUCUCGGCCGGGGGAAAUGGUGGCGUUUGAUAUCCUUGGCCCUCUGCCGACAACUAAACGCGGAAACAAAUACGUGUUGCUGGUCGUCGACUUGUUUAGUAGGCAUGCCGAACCCUACGCUCUCUCUGCCGACGAGAAACGGGAUCAGGGGUGUGCCUCAAAGCUAGCCGACGAUUAUUGUACGCGUUGGGAACGCACGGUGUAUUUAUUGUCGGACAGAGGUGGCGAGUUUACGGCGGCGGUCGCGCGUGAUGUGUACCGAUUGCUUGCGGCCAAUAAACGGUUUACCAGCUCAUUCCACCCUCAAACCAACGGGUGCGUCGAAAGAUUGAACCAUACGGUCUGCCAGAUGCUGUCUGAUGUGAUCAUCGCCCCACAAACCGAUUGGGACGACCAUCCAUUGCCGUGUGUGUACGCUCACAACAAUCACGUGAGUAAGGCUACCGAUCUUGUGCCCAUGGAAGUACAUAUUGGCCGGUAUCUUCGUUUACCGAUGACAGUUCUUGGGUCACAGAAGGUGGUUUCUGGUAUGCAGUCGAAAAAGCGGGAUGAUCUGGUGCCUCUACCUCAUGGAAGACCGGCAAGCGAAAGCCUACAAGCUAGCGGUCGAAAGAGACAGGCUCACGAAAGAAAAACACCGAGCACGCAACGAAGAUCUCGACAACCUCAUUACGAAGCGGCCGAUUUUCCACGCGGGCACAUGGGUGUGGUGCUACGAUCCACAGCACACCCUCCGAACAGCGAAUGACGAUAAACAGCUUCUGCCAAUAGGAUUAAAGCCAAACUCGCUAACCUGUGGAUAGGACCAUUAAUAGUGCUUGCUGUCGGGCCCUGUCGCUUUAACGACAUGCAAGUUGGGUCCAAGUUGCCGCAUCUGGAUUUACCACACGACACACAGGCCAAAUCCAACCGUGUCUCAGUGUUGCGUUGUAAGCGUUGCCAUCGUGCGGACGAACCUGAGGAAAUUCCCGACUUCUUACCUUGGAAAACUUGUUCGUACGUCCUGCAUAAAUUUUCGGACAUGGCGCCUCCCUUCUACCUCACCGCGGAUGACGUGGAAAUAGAGCUUGACGUACAGCGUGCGCAGCUGACCGCUAUCACCGGUCACCGUAUCAGUAGGUUCAGGGGGUUCCAUCGCGGUACAAUACGAAACGCGUUGACGCGGACACCGCCAGCCCACUUGGGAAUCUGAAGCAAACAUCCAGCAGGAUGGUGAUUUUGUCGUAAAGUAUUGGGUGGGCAGUACAGUGCGCCAAGUAGGAGCCGACAAUAAAGUGCACCGUGACUGUAAUAAGCUUGCCGCGCACCGCGCGCAAGCUCGCUCUCGUAAUUCCCUUGAUGUGCCACCAGGGUACGCGUUACUGGCGACGUGGGAGCGUGGGCCGGCCUUGCUGUCAGCGGAGAUGAAAGGAGCGCAUGUUUGCGUGCGGACGAAACAGGAGGGCUGGCAGCUGGGAGUAGUACAUCAGGUUUCGAGGGCGCGGGAGGAGGACCUGCCGAACAACGUCAAUUUCGUCGACCUCGAGCGGCGUUUGAACGUGUCACUGUCGCCGACGAAAUAUUGUACGGCGGUGGAUGGUCCGCCCGGAUCGAGGUGUUUUCUUGUGCACAUGCGGUCCGGGAGCGCCCGGAGGUACGGGACCUGAGGGGUGCGCUGUGAUGGAGGUUUCGCCGUGGUGGUCGGGGUGCACUGUGGAAGAGGGUGCGUCGUGGUGGUCGGGGAGGCUGUGGAGGUCGGAGUUUCGUGGUGGUUGGGGUGCGCUGUGAUGGAGGUUUCGCCGUGGUGGUCGGGGAGGCUGUGGAGGUCGGAGUUUCGUGGUGGUCGGGGAGGCUGUGGAGGUCGGAGUUUCGUGGUGGUUGGGGUGCGCUGUGAUGGAGGUUUCGCCGUGGUGGUCGGGGAGGCUGUGGAGGUCGGAGUUUCGUGGUGGUCGGGGAGGCUGUGGAGGUCGGAGUUUCGUGGUGGUUGGGGUGCGCUGUGAUGGAGGUUUCGCCGUGGUGGUCGGGGAGGCUGUGGAGGUCGGAGUUUCGUGGUGGUCGGGGAGGCUGUGGAGGUCGGAGUUUCGUGGUGGUUGGGGUGCGCUGUGAUGGAGGUUUCGCCGUGGUGGUCGGGGAGCGCUGUGGAGGAGGGAUUUCCGUGGUGGUGGGGAGAGCGAGACGGCACGUCGAAGAUUUUUCAGGGUGGAGGCGGAGAGCACUUCGACGUCUCGCGGAAAUUUGUUUUCGCGGCGGGAGGAGAGAACGAGAGAGCGACACGAACGACCUCGCCACAAUUUUUCUUUUUUCUGUUUCCGCGUGGUGUGUGUUCCGGAUUUUUCGUCUUUGGUGUUGCCUUCUGAUGCCGAUUAUGUUUUGUUUUUGUCCGGUAUGGUGUGUCGGUUCUUGAUGUUUGGCUUUGGGGUCUUAGUAGCGACGUGCCGUCCUUUUUCGGGAGGAUGGGUGGGAGAGGCACAGGCGAUUCAAUAACAGCCUGUGUUCGGUAGAAAGUUGGGAGUUUUUCCUGAAAAAUUGGUGGGCUGCCCCGCCUCGAGGAAUUCCGGUUCAAAUUUUUGGUUUGUUUUUUGGUGCCUUGGUCGUUGCGGGUGCGAAGCCCGGGAGUUUUCGAGUCCUCGAAGGGAAGGUCGUCGUGCUUUACUUCUAGGAUAGGGGGUCAAAGAUUCGUUGUGGUUCCACCGAUUUCGGGCAGGAAGCUUUUGAAGCUCUUUUUCAACGCGAAGUGUUAUGGGAUUUGAAUGUGUAGGAAAGUACAAAGGGUAGUGCGGGCUAACGCCCAGAGAAAAGUGCGGGAGAUGUAACUCCCCACGGAAGGACAGAACAGGGGACAGGAUCUAGUAGCCCCUGCUUUAGCAGCUGAUCCUGGCCCCAUCCUAGUCAGUCCUCUACCUUCCCUUGGCAACAGCUACUUCUGUUCCACACGAGUUAAUAACAACACUGGAGGAGUGGCUGACCCUCUCAUGACCUUGGCCCGCCCGUCUGAGCUUCGUGCUGCAUGCAGGCGAGAGAGGACGCCGCUGAUGCGGCCAACGGGUCUCGGCCCGACCUCCACGAUGUGGUGAGCUGCCUCCUCGUGGCGAUGCGGGCGGCCACCAUGAACGCAACGUUUCCGGUGGUGUGGCCCGGCUGCGCCGUGGGGCGACUCCGGCAUCUCCGGCGUUCCAGCAGCCCAAGGCCGGCCGCGUCAAGGCCAAGCCGCUCCAGCCCAUCUUGCGAGAGAGUAGCUCGGGCGAGGACUCGGGCUGGAGUUCCGCGGGAGUGUCUCGCCGCCCCCCGGAGCCAUCUUCGUUGGCGGGCGAUGGCCGGGCACGGCAGCAGGCCAAGCGCCACACGAGCAGGACUCGUGGCAGAGGAGGCGGAUCGGGCUCUGGUUCAGACCGGAGUCUCACCCGGAAGCACGGCGCUCGGAAGGGUCCUUCUGCCAGGCAACAAGUGAAACGGAGCUUGGAUCGAGGAGCCCCUGGACCAGACGCUUUCCAGCUAUUGUUGCGUCACCUGGCGGAGCAAUUUGACGUCGGAGACCGCCAAGAGUGGUUUUUGCGGCUGCAACUAUUUGGCGUAGCAGAUGGUACUCCUUUCGCGGAUUAUCUUCGGGCUUUUCCGUUUGUUAGUUUCGUCUGUGACUGGCUCUGAGCGUACUUUGGCCCCUAGUGUAUCCAUGGUUCUCGAAAUAGUGCGAAACUCGGUCGACAAGCAAUUUCCGAGUCUGUCUCCGCUUUUGUACCCGGGUGUUUUGGCCACUGCGUUCACUCCCUUUGAGUCGAUUGCGAUUAUGUGGGAGGC